AUGGAAGCAAAGGUUAAAGAAGAAAUCCUGGACAACGAUUAUAGUCAGCCGACGUCCACAGAGAGACGGAAAACCACUGCCAGCGGUAAGGAAAGGCGGUCACCGGAACAGGAGGAGAGCAGAGUGUCUCCAACUCCUGGACCGCCCAGCCCACAAAAUAACGGUACAGCUGCCAACCUAUCUUCGACGGAGUCUCUAUCUCCCCCACUGCCAGAUGGCUCGAAGACUGCUCCAGCGCUUCAGCGCCUCCGCCGGUUCCUCUCAGCAUUGCAACAGUUUGCUCCCGAGGGAAGUGCUGACACUGGAGAGAGAGUUCGCCAACUUAUCUUCAACUUGGUGGCUGGCACUAUGAGCAUCGAAGAGUUCCAAGCUGGAGUACAAGAGUGCACAAACUAUCCUCUCCGAGCUUCUGUGCCCGGGUUUCUUCGUGCUUUGCUGCCCCUUGCACAAAGGGACUUGCAUGCUCGAGCUAGAAGAGCCAAACAGACACCUCUCCAGUACAUCAGAAGUCACGAACAUCUCGUCUUAGAGUCCAGCGGAGAAGGAAAUGAAAUCUUCGCACAGCAUCACCCUAUGGAUCCAAUGAAACGACGCGCAAGUGAUCCGUUCUACGAUGCAUCACAAUCCAACGGCUCUCACGAAGACUGCCCCCCACAAGCGAAACGAACGCCAUCAAGUUUACUCCUCAACCCCUCCCCAUUCCUCUGCCCACUGCCCAGUAACGCCAGUCUCUUCGAUUAUGGUCAUCCAUACCCUACUUACCACAGUGGACAAGGAGAACCCGGACUCGAAAGGAGAGAUGGUGGAAUAUCGGUCCGGGACGUAUCAUCAAUGAACGCGUCGCUCUCAGAGCCGCGAGGAGUUGGAUCUUUGAAGAGCGACGACGAGUGGCGUAACAUUAACACAAUGCUUAACUGCAUUCUUAGCAUGGUGGAGAAGACGAAACGGGCACUCGCCAUAUUGCAGCAGAGGGGAGUGGAAACAAUAGAAAGUAAUGAGAUCAAAAGAGCCGCAAAUGAGAUAAUGGCAACAGCUGUGAGACAGACGGAAGAGAGAGUCGCUGAAGUCAGAAGACGGGCAGAGGAUGCGGUCAAUCAGCAUCUAACUCUAGAUCAAAACCUGGCGAUAUGUCCAAAUAUGGAGUUGGGAGGCAUUUCAACAACUCUGUGGGUGCAGGUGAAGCGGCAGGCGCUAGCAGAGCUGCAGCGCGCGCUGGGCGCGGCGGAGGGCCGACUGGAGCCGGGCGCCCGCGCCGAGCGCCGACACUCCCCCCCGCGCAGCCCCGGCGCGCCGCAGAACUGCUGCUGGAACUGUGGUCGCAAGGCUCAGGAAACGUGCUCGGGAUGCAACGCAGCCCGCUAUUGUGGCGCCUUCUGCCAGCAUAAGGACUGGGAAAACCACCACCAGGUCUGUAGCGGUAGAGAACAGAAACCAACUGCUUUACUUCGCACUUCCCCACCAACAACGCAGACAACAACCCUCACUAAAACCCUCCCCCGCGCUACGACCCCCAUCACAGCAACUGCAACUGGGCAGAGCAACCCGGUCACGACCGGAUCCGAUCAGAGCCGGCUCUCCCUCACCAGCCUGAACUCAGCGGAGAGGCUGCUCAGCAGCCAGGACAGAACCCUCGCAGUGAACUCUGACAGAAUGACCUUGGCGAGCCUCUCCACAACUCAGGGGCUCAUAGGGGGGAAUAGGAGGGAAGAAAUGACGCAUUAA